AUGUUUGACAACAACAAAGGAAAGGACGUGUCGACGUUCAGUACUCAUGAACCGGGUUGGGUCAACAUCGACCUCGAACCGCACUGCGCCGAAGCUACUGUUAUUGAUCAAGGGCCCGGGUGGAAAAACUUCGAUCUCGAAGCCAGAACUCCUUCCAAAAAGCGCUUGUGGCGCGGUGGUAGAACGUCCAAGAUUGUCGUCGGUGUCGCUGUUGUUGCAAUGUUUCUAACGGCGAUUCUGGUGUCAACGGUUGUCGCGGUAAUGAAGGGGGAAGACAAAGGAAUACAGUAG